GAAGAAUAACAUGGACUACAUUGUGAGCAAAUCCAUAUUUCUUCCACUACUACUACUUUCUAUUUCUUCAUGUGUUUGUGGCCACAUCCCAAUCCUUGGAAUGCAAAGAAGACCAUUCCACAGUAGGCCUCAACAACUUGAUGGACUUGCAACUUUCUAUUAUAAACAACCACUUGAUCAUUUUAAUUAUCAACCUCAAAGUUAUGUUACAUUUGAUCAAAGAUAUAUCAUUGAUUUCAAGCAUUGGGAAGGUAUAUCAAUCCCAAAACUCCUAUCUUUGCUUUCCUCGGUGCCGAAAGUGACAUCGACAAUGACGUACCCUACGUUGGCUUUCCUCUUCGUUUUGCCUCUCGAUACAAGGCUAUGUCCGUGUAUUUAGAGCAUAGAUUUUAUGGAAAAUCAGUACCAUUUGGUUCAAUAGAGAAGGCUAUGAAAAAUGGAAGCAUUAGAGGGCAUCUUAAUUCAGCUCAAGCCUUAGCAGAUUAUGCUGAAUUGCUUUUGCACAUCAAGAAAAAGUUUGCAUAUGAUACUUCUCCAAUUAUAGUCAUGGGAGCCUCCUAUGGUGGAAUGCUGGCUUCAUGGUUUAGGCUAAAGUAUCCUCACAUUGCUCUUGGAGCCUUGGCUUCUUCAGCUCCAAUUCUCUACUUUGACAACAUUACACCACAAGAUGGAUAUUACUCCGUCGUCUCCAAAUCAUUCAAAGAAACGAGCAAAACGUGCCACGACACCAUACGUAGAUCGUGGGGUGAAAUCGACCGAAUUGCCGAGAAGACUCAGGGAGGGCUUUCGAUUUUGAGCAAGCAAUUCAAAACUUGUGGGAAAUUGAAGACGAGUUCCGAGAUAAAGAGCUUAAUGGACAGUGUGUUUACAACGGCAGCUCAAUACAACAAUCCGUUCGAGAAUCCAGUGAGCGGCAUAUGUGUAGCCAUUGAUGAAGAAGCAAAGAAAAAAAGUGAUGUGAUCAAGCAAGUGGUUGCGGGGAUUAUUGCUUAUCUAGGGGAAAGGCCUUGUUAUGAUGUCUACGAAUUUGCCUAUUAUAAUGAUCCCCUUAACCAAUACGUUUGGCAGACUUGUAGCGAGAUGGUAAUGCCCAUUGGUAUUAGUGGUAGGGACAAAAACUCAAUGUUCCAAACUUCACCCUUCGAGUUCAACGAGUUCAAAAAUAAUUGCAAGGAUAUGUAUGGUGUCACACCAAGGCCUCAUUGGAUCACCACUUUCUAUGGAGGCCAAGACCUAAGAUUAGUGCUGCAUCGAUUUGGUAGUAACAUCAUUUUCUCUAAUGGAUUGAGAGAUCCUUACAGCAGUGGCAGUGUAUUGCAAAAUAUAUCUCAGAGCAUCGUUGCUAUUACCACUGCCAAAGGUUCUCAUUGCUUAGACAUAGGACCAGACGGUGAGGAUGAUCCUGAUUGGUUGAUAAUGCAAAGGAAGAGUGAAAUGGAUAUAGUUGAUGGUUGGAUUUCAAACUAUCAUGCUGAUCUUUUGCUAUUCAACCAAAGUGUUGGUUCUGCCCACUAAUAUAUAUAUUCCAAAAAUGCAUUUUAUUUAUAAGGUGCAGCAAUAUUUAUAUUUUAAAACAAUGAAAAUGUUAAAGUGAGCAUAACUCAACUAGUACGUGGAAAGAAUUAUAUAAAUAAUAAAAAAAAAUUGAACUAUGCAUUAUAGAUAUAUAUACAUGAGUAUCUCCCUCCCUUUAAAGAGA